UUUUGUGCAUGAAAUAAAACCAUUCAAAAUCUUCAUUCAGUAUAAAAUGUCAAACGUAACUAGUGUCUCAGGAACUACGUGCGUUGAUAGAGAAGACUGCAAAUUUGUGUGGACGAUUAAAAAUUCGAAAUUUCUGAUGUCUACAAACGAAUGUUUAGAAUCACCAAUAUUCAGUGCCGAAUGCGGUGAAGAAUUUUAUUUUCGAUUGAUCUAUGACGAUAAAAGAAAUAGAGUUUUAUAUCUCUGCUGCCCAAACAUAAAAAAUCAGUUCAAAUGUAUCUGCGAAGUAUCAGUUAUCGAUUUACGCCAAAAUAGGUCGUCAAUUAUAAAUCGUAAGAUAAUGUUUGAAACAAGUAAAGAAGAAAUAAGCCUUAAAUUGAUACCUGCACCCAGUUCUGACAACUAUUUUCCUGAUUGCAAUGAUGCAAUUGUUAAAUGUGCCUUAACAUUAUCGAGCGGAGUUAAAAGAUCAUUUAUAGAAUCUGAAUCUAGAGUUGAUAAAAGCAAAGAAUUGGCACCUAAACUAGACUUCAACUGGAUUUUUCUUAAUGAAAAUUUAAGCGAUAUCAAGCUACGAACUUCAUGUGGGAAAGAAAUUCCAGCACAUAAAGUCGUGCUCGCGAAUGCGAGUCCGGUAUUCAAAGCUAUGUUUAGCCAUGACAUGAUGGAAAACCAAAGCCAAUCAGUUGAUAUGAUGGAUGUGAAGUACGAAGCUGCAGUUGAGAUGCUGCGGUACAUUUACACAGGAAGUGUUGAAGCUCAAGAAUUUUCCUUGACUUCAGAACUUUUGGCGGCAGCCGAGAAAUAUCAACUUGAAGGAUUAAAAAAUACGUGCGAUCUAAAAUUAGCCUCCAAUUUAUCUACUGAAAACACUGUUAAAGCUCUUGCAUUUGCUGAUACAUACAACGCGAAAUAUUUGAAAAAACGAGCCAUUAGUCUUUUCAAUCGUAGUAUGUGCGAACCAUUGGACUAUAAUAAAAUAAGUCAUAUGCUUCUCAGCAAAGAGCAACCAGCUUUGGAAUAAUUUGAGAAAUUAUAAAUUAUUCUCGUUUUUAAUUUACUUACAUUUGUUUGCGAGCUACUUCAGCUUCAAAUCAUUACAUUGUAAUUUUAUUCCUGAACUAAUAUAAAUGUAUUAUUUUUUAA